CUGGUAUUUGCUCGUCAUACAAACGUCGAUGACCCACAAGCUCUUAGUCAGGCCAAGUGGGUUUAUCACCCACUUAAAAUGACCAUUAUUCAAUGGCAGAAAGCUGCAUUUCAAGAAGUAUCUCUAACUCUAUCAUCCAUGAGUCAUCUGUCAAAUAAUACUAGUCAAAAAAGAGCAUUUAGACAAUCAUCAGUUAAUGAAAGUGCUGAAGUGAUUCUAGAAUAUAAAAAUGAAGUGAAGCGUCUUAAGUUUGCAUCAGUGCACGAUGAUUCACCUAGCAGUCCUGUGUCAUCGAAUGCAGUCGAAGUUCUUUCACCGAUUGAAGUUAAUCGUUCUUCCAGAAGUAACCAUGCUUCCAGUGAUUCCACCGUUCCAGGAAUAAAUUUCAUUGACUGUGCAGAACUAGCGUCAUUGCUAACUUCAAAGUAUACAUGUACACUCUGUGUACCACUUAUACUGGAUAUUCGAAGUUUAGCUGCUCAAGCUAAUUUACGUAUUCAAACUGCAAUCGGUAUACCCUGUGAAUCUCGGGUAAAGUUACGACGUGCAUUACCAAUGCUAAAUAACUUUCUACGUGAAAGAAAACAAUGCUAUAAUACUCACAAUGUCAAAAGUUACCAACUACAUAAUCACUCAAUAAUCAUUUGUACUGAUUCUGGAAUAAACGAAUAUCCUCUUCUGAAAGAUCUUCUUCAUUGCCUUGUUAAACAUCUCGCCGAUGUUCAUGGUUUAGAUGCUCGAGUACUUAAAGGAGGCUUUCAGGAAUUUUGUAACUCCUAUGGACAUUUGUGUGAACAUCCUUUGCAGAAGUCUCAAAAAGUUGACAAUGAACAGAGCGGUUUAUCAGAAAAUGUCCAGUAUGCGGACGCAAAAAGUUCCAAAGAAGGAGAAUUAAAUUUUUCACCAAAUAUUUCAACUGAAAAUUCAAAAUGUACAAAGCAAGAACUUAAAUACUCACAGUUAUUGUUGCCUGGUUUGGGUAUUCCAGUUAAUCAUAGACCACCUGUGAAAGAAAAUGCGACACAAUCAAAUGUAAUCAAACUAUCGGGUCGACUGGAUCCAAUGACUGGUAGUAAUGAUAAAAAUCAAACAGCGAAUCCGUCUUCAGAUAAAUGGGGUCUGUCUCGAUUCUGUUUGGCUGAUAGUGAUCCGUGUGAUCCAAAAGAUAUAUUUCGUGCUCAAGCCAGUCAAAUAUUUCCGUUUCUUUAUCUAGGGAAUGAAUCCGAUAGUCAGAAUGAAGCGAUUUUAAGUAAAUAUGGCAUUGACAGCAUUUUGAAUGUAACCAUGAACACACCAUUCCUUGAUGAAGAACGCUUUAAAUGUCGUCGUCUUCCUGCAACAGAUUCACAUUCACAAGAUUUACGACCAUAUUUUAAUACAGCAUUUCAGUUUAUUGGUAUGUCUGGCAGUCCUUUUGUUUUUAAUUUAUUUCUAUGAGCAUAGAGUGAAUAUUACUUUUAUUUAUGUAUUUAUUUAUAUCUCAGUUACAGUCUACACUCUAAAAACGUGAAAAUAUUAACCCAUUAGUAGGUUCACUUCAUCAAAAAGGAUAUUAACUGACAUCGUUGCAAGAACUUUUCUCGUACGUUAUCGAUCGUUGGUUGACUAUGUACGCACUAAUUAUCAGAAAAAAGUGGUCACAUUUAUUUAGAACUGAAAAUGGAUUCCAUUCUAAACAUUAGUUGAAUAUUGUAACCAUCUUGACUGUUGCCAUUUGAUAAACUAUUUAACCGUUUCAGUGAAAAACAUUAUUUGCGUGGAUAGAUGAAGUGUAUUGAGGAUAAACAAAGCCGAUUUGUAUCACAUUUGACCAUGUUUUUGAAAGGCACGGACUUUAACGAUAGAGAACAAACUUUUGAUAAAUUAUAAUGAGUGUCCUGGUGACUACUUGUGCAUGAGUGAUUCUAACGUAUGCUAGGAAAAUGAAAUUCAGAUUUCAUUCAGACAUCGAAGAUCUUAUAGCAGGUGUCCUGAAAAUGUUUGGAGUGGAUAAUGAACGCUAAAAUUGAAGUAGAUAGAUUUCGAUAAGCUUUGAUAAAGCUUUUAUUAAUAGGGAAAUCCAUGUUUUACUGAAGAAAUCUUUUUGAGCUGGAAGUUAAUACUAUAAGUAGAGCGCUUGCUUUCCUUCGGCAAGGGUUUUUUACGAUAUUCAUUUCACAAUACCUUGUCUGUUAAAAUAAACGUUACAUGACUCACCAACAACAUAAUGACCCAAACUGGAGGUUUGUGGGGAUUUAUUGGUUUCAAGUUGAUUUUCAUCCUUGACUGACAUCAUUUGAGAGACCUUUGAAAACGUAGGAGCACUGAACUGGUACUCAGUGAUGACAUUGGAUGGAGGUCGCGCUAUAUCGAGGAUUGACAGAAGUAGGGAAAUUUGGAAUGUUGAAUUCUGACCUAGCAGCUCAGUUGUAACGUGGUCACUGUGGAACCUGAGGAUGAUGAAUUAGAUCUCUGGUGGCGUUAUGGGUUUCCACUGCUUUGGGUUUCUCUACCGGGGAGAAACAGCUGUCCAGUGAUCCAAGGUCUUCAGUGCUUCUCCAGCUGAUGUUACCCUGUGACGAAUAUGUAACAUAGUAAUCAUAAAUUAUACCAACAUGCGUUACGCAAACAUAGUUGAGAUGUUGCACCACUUCUAAUGCAUUUAAAGUCAUGUCUGAACGUUUUGCUUGGGUGACCAUUGAAUUGCUCUAACAGAUGAGUCAUAUGGAAUGAUUCAUUGUCCUACCAAUGGAAGGAAGUAAAACUGCUACUUUUCUAUUAAUAGUGCCUGAGUCAGUUUUAAUAAUCACUUGUUCUUAAAAUGAGAUAAACAGUCCCAUAUUCCAGACAUAGAAUGACUCAUUGUUCAUAGAAGUGAAGGUGAUGCCAAAAAUAUGGCUAUUUUUUCGUAAACUAAACACGAAGCUAAACAUAGAAUUCAUGUGAAUACUAUAAAUAAGAAAAGCAAUUGGAUGAUUUACGUAGAUUAUAAUCUAGCAAAACUUGUCGAGGCCUGUGAUAUCAGUGUUUCAAAUCCUCUAAUUUUCAGCUGUAAAAUGUUCGAAUUACACAGUCAUGUAUGCUCAUUGUAAUUCAGAAUUCAAGCAUAGAUUUGCUAAACUAUUUUGUUAAUUAUCAUAACUAGCUAACUGUAGUAUAUCAAUAACAAUAUCAUCAAAAUGAUCCUCCACUGCUAUAAAUAUUCCCCAUCAUCUGAAGAUAUACAUGUCACUUCCUUUGUAAGUCUUUCUCCUAUGUACCAACCGCCUAUUCCUUAGACUGUGCCUUCAUUCAUCAUGUAUUAGAAUAUUUUUAGAUGUCAUAAUAUAUCAAGCAUUAGUGAGUAGGUUUUACGAAGUAUACUUCCUUGAAACUUCUUGCACUAGUCUGUUACCUGCAAAAUCAGUCUAACCGAGAUUCAGGAUGAAUGUUUGUCAUCUGUAUGACUAGAUCGGUUUAUAUGGUAUGUAGUGUUAAGGAAAAAGUCGAGACUGAUGACAGUCUGUGAAGCUGUUCAUAAGGAAGAAUAUCAUAGAUACUGAUGAAAUGACGUAGAAUUGCAUCACACCUAUUUUAAAAACUGCAUGCAUUCUACUUGUGAAGUGGAUUUCCCUUCAGUUUCUCCUAUUUCUUCUAUUGUCUCUUGCAUUUCUUGAAGAAGAAAUCAACAUUAUAUGCUUGUUUACGGUUAAUAUAGUUCAACUGAAAGGUAGUUUUGUACUGAAUAGUGUUGAUCGAUCGCAUAUCCUCAAAAUCGGUGAACUGUCAGCUUACUGCUCAAUUAAUAAUUGUACAAGAGAGACUAAACUUUCCGUUUACCAAAAGAAAAUAUUCUUCAUAAAUUUUUCAAUUGCAGUUGUCAGCGUUGUCAUGUGUUGUAUCGUGAAUAUGCUUUCUUGUUUUGCCUUUUGAUUGUUAAUCACUGACUAGUAUUUCCGGAUCUCACUCAACAACUGUAUGAAGACACCAGAUGCCAAAUAUUUCACAAUUGGAAGCUCAGUGAUGCUUUCGAAGUGAAGACAGACAGGAGUGAAACAAGGCUGUCUACUAUCACCCAUGAUAUUCCUGAGUGGUGUGGUCGAUUGGAUCAUGCAGGAAAACAGUGAGGAGUGAUAAGAGGUGGGGGGGGGGGGGUUGGGACAGGCUGGACUGGGGAGAAGAUUGUAGAAUGAGAUUUGGAUUUCGCGGAUGACUUGUGUCUGAUGUCUUGUGGAACAAACGUGAAGAUCUACAGGCGAAAUGCAAGGAGUUGACAGAAGAGGCAAGGUGGGGCGGCAAAGAUGGGACUUUGAGUGAACGUAGAGAAGACAUGUGUGAUGAAGAUACCCAACCAAUGUCACCAUCACCAACAAGAAGAAGAAGAAGAAGAAGCUGGAAUCACCAUGAAUGGGAGAAAAUUGAAGUAAGUAACCCGCUUCACAUAUCUAGACAGCAUUGUUUCAACUACAGUUGGCACAGGCAUAGAUGAAGACGUCAAAGCCAGUGAGAAUGGGAAAAGCAAGACAGGCAGGCGUUGAUUAACCUGAAACCAGUGUGGAGAUCUCCUGCACUGCACUCAGCAUGUGGUGGAACAAGAUCCGGAUUUUGAACACUAAUUCAGUCAAGUGAGUCAGUGCUUCUAUGUGAUGGUUGAGAGACUUGGCACGUUGUGAAAGGUGUUUGCAACAAACUACAGACAUUCAUCAACAACUGCGACGUAGGCUCACUCGAUACUGAAGAUGAGAUGGCCAGAAUGAUGAUGAGAAUAAUGAGGAAGGAAGUGACUGUGGCCUGUCAACGAACCAACGGAGAAGCUCUCAUCCGAGAAAUAUGCAGUGGAAGGAAGUGGAUAUGGAUUGUAUUGGGCAUGCACUGAGAAGACGAUUGGGGGACAUGACGUGGCAUGCGAGGCCGUCGAGUGGAACGGAGAUGGGGAACGGCGAGUUGGUUGUCCGAGGUGAGGGUGAGAAGAAGAAAUGAGAGGUUGUGGGGAUUGGUGGAGCCAGGUUGAAAAGAGUGAAGAGAAGAGAAGAGAGUGGAAUGGAGGUGUGCUACUGCGGCCUUUAUGUUCCACUAGGAACCCGAGGGACAUGUAAUAAUGGUAAAAAGAAGUAAGCAGUAAUAUGUGUUCUAUCAUUUUUAUAAUUCGUUUAUAUGGCAUUCUUUUCCGAAACGAUGUCUCAUCAGAAAUAUGUCACUUCUUUCCCCUCUACUGAACUGUGCUUGAUAGUAUUAGUAGUCACCUUUUAUGAUAGUCACUCCCUUGUUACUGUAUUCUUCUUUGAUUCUCUAUUUAUUCAAACGACUUAGCUAUCUUGGAAAGGAAAUUCAAACAAAUAUUAUAUUCAUGUUAUUGAAUUAAGCCUACCUUCUCUUUCCUUACAGAAGAAGUACGUUGUUCAGGCAAAUGUGUACUUGUACACUGUCAAGCUGGUGUGUCAAGAUCGCCAGCAUUAAUUAUUGCUUAUGUAAUGGCUUAUUCAAGUUUAUCACUAUUCGAGGCUUAUCAGUUUAUCAAAUCCAGACGUUCAGUCAUUGCACCGAAUUUCGCUUUCAUGGGACAGUUGUUUGAAUUUGAAUCUGAUUUAGCAUCUGGACGUUUCUUGAAACAAUCAAAUAUUCUAGAUCCAAUACUGAAGGCGGUUUAGUUGAUACAAACACACUUCAGUAUUUAGUCUAUGAAUAACACCUUAUGACGGUGUUCCAUUCAUGCUAAUUAUUUUUCUGCCUGUCUGUCUGUCUACUCAGUUAUUAUUGUUUAACGUAUAACCAGUUAUAAUUUCGUAUAAUAUACAACUUUGAAGCACAAUCUGCACGUCAACAUGUAAAUAUUCUCCUAAUUGAAAUUACCAAACAGAAUCAGGAAGUUCAGUUGUUUAAAUUGAUUCAUUUACACAGAAUAAAAUGGAACUCAAAUGUUACUUAACACUAGUCUGUUUUACUAAUGAUAUUUGUUAUAUUCAAUCCUUCCGAUUUUAUGUCUCUACAAGCAUUGAUCUAAAGUGUUUUCUGUAAUCUUUUGUUAACAUAUUAUCUAAAGUAUGAACAGUACCUUUUUUGCUAGUAUAAACUACUUUUUUUUCUAUUCAGAUUUCAAUAUUUUGCAAAGAAAAGUUAAAAUGUAUUUUAUUUUAAUGCACUUGAUGCAUUUGACUUUUGUAUGUUAAUUCUCUUUUUUUUGUCAAAUUUAUCAAAUGAAAAGGAUCUCGAUGUCUACAAUGACAAUUGAUGUGUGAAAUGAAAAUUUAUUAACUGAUAGAAAUGUAUUUAUCAUUUCUGUAUAGAAUGUUUUUCCUUAUUUGUUUAGUUAUGUGUUAUUCUUUAUUUUCGAGUAAAAUUUGAUUUCGGAUUUAAUGACUUACUAUUUCUGUUUUGUAUGUAACCUUCAGGAGAAAUCGGUAAUUUAAUACUAAUAAAAUUUAUUAGAAGUUG